CUUCUCGCGAUGCAAGUACGUAGUUCUAUCGGACAGCACGACCGUUCUCCGUGACACUUUACACGCGGCACCCAGCGAAAUGUCCGGCGGUCAGCGAGCCAAAGGUCUAGGACUCAUCCGUGCGGUCAACAACGAAAACCGUUCGGUACCGUUUUGUAACUGUGAAUAUCCGGUUGCGACGCGAUGGAGGAACUCGCCCAAGAAAAUCAUCAUUUGCCGGUGUGGCGAGGAUACGUCCACCCGGCUAGACUGGUCGUGGGACGAAGAGUCAGCGGCUGAUACGCUGAUCAAGGGUACGGAGAUUGUGUUCCACCCCGUGUACAGUCAAGGGACGUCGGUGGUACGCGGAAAGGAGCCCUUGAAACGCGGUCGUCAUCACUACUGGGAGUUAAAGAUGCUGACACCACUCUCGGGCACGGACAUAAUGCUUGGUAUCGGCACCGAUAAGGUGGAUCUACGUCGCCAUCUAUUCACGUUCGCCAGUGUCCUCGGGCUGGACGAUCAAUCGUGGGGAUAUUCGUAUCGUGGACUAGCGCAGCACAAUGGGCAGCUUAAGUACUACGGCAAAAAGUACAGCCAAGGACGCAUCAUCGGCAUCUACGUCGAUAUGUUUCGCGGCACGCUCGAGUUCUUCCUGAAUCGGCGCUCGCUGGGCCGAGCGUACGAUGGAAUACCGCGGGAGGACGGCGUCUCGAUCUACCCGAUGGCGUGCUCCACAUCAUCCAAAUCGUCCAUUAAACUCAUCAAUGCCGCGUCAUUCGAGGACAGCCUACGGUUUAGCUGCAUGAAGGUGAUAUGCAAGUAUCCGAGGCUGCUGGAUCAGGUUAAAGCCAUACCCGGACUGAAGCCAAUGGUGCAAGAGCUGUGGUUCUUGCAGUUCAAGGAACCGAAGCAAUCGGAUGAGUUCGAACGCAACAACUUACACCUGGCCGACGAAGCCGUACUUUGUGGAAAGAAACUUAAGCUCGCCAGCACGGAGCGUCCCCAGGGGGAUGGUGCAUCGUCGAGCGAACCGGAAAUUACCACCGAAGCACAGCUGUACGAUAAUAUGCUUAAGGUAGGUGACCUGGCCGGCCAUGGUCAGCCAUCACCGGCCGGUUGCCAUUCCGUCACCAGCGAUUCCAACAGUGAGGACGACGAACUGUCUGUGAUGAUAUCGAAGGAGUUUUUCUGUAAUCAUUAAGCUAGUCCGGCUAGCCGGGAGUAUCUGCACUGUGUCAGUGUUCCAAGAACUAACGCGUGGAAAAAUUCACAUCCUGCCCGUUACCAGCAUUCGCAUUCGGAUACCAAAGGUAAUGUUGGUAUGCGACGUUUCUUUUCGGUUCGUAAGCGUGGUCACUGUCCCUGGGGAGACCUUCCCGGAAAGGCUUUUUUUCUUACACCAUAUUUUAAACCAAUUGUGCAUUGAAACACAUUUAAUCAUUAAUUAAAGUCCUUUAUUGAGGAAAGGUGAAUCGUGCAAUGAAUUUAAGAAGCGUAUCAUCAAACAUAUCAUGUACUCAGCUACCAAAUAGACCAAUAAACACUCAGAUUAAUAUUUUGUUCGCCUCUA